AUGGGCACACAAGUAAAAAGAGGAUGGAACAGAAUAGCAAUGACUAUGGAGUCUGGAUUACUCAGAAGUAGCGAAUACCAUUUCCUUAACGGACAUAAUUUUGGCAAUCCCAGUUCAUUAUCAUAUUAUAACAGUCCUUAUUACAUAGGAUGACAUUUUAUUUGCAACUCAAUGGAGUUCAUUCUUCAUAGUUUUAAGAUAAGUAACACUGUGGACUACACAGUGGAGAUUACUCCACAAAUAUAUAACCCAUAUGGAUUCAUAUGAGGGGAUGGAACCAAGCACACCCAAGCUCUUGAGGAGUGAGAUCAUGGAGGAAACACAGGAGACAAUAGUGUGAACAAUAAUAGUGUUAGUUGCGAUGAAAACUGCUUCCUAGGACUCUCCUUUAGCUGAGAUAAUAAUAAUCCCAGUUCAUGAUUUUCUGCUGUCUGUGGAGAUGGAUUCUACUCUCCCAGUGAGUCUUGUGAUGAUGGGAAUACAGCUGAUGGAGACGGAUGUAGCUAUGACUGAGCUAUAGAAUCAGGAUACCAGUGUUACGGAAUAGAUAACCAAACUUGAGAGGCUUUCUGUGGAGAUGGUAUACAAGUGGGCUCAGAGCAAUGUGACGAUGAAAACUUUAUUGCAGGUGAUGGUUGAGCUGUUGACUGAACAUUUGAAAUAGAUUUCACUUGAACUGGCCAAGGAACCACAACUCAGUGCUCAAGAAUAUGUGGUAAUGGCAUCUUGCUUGAAAGUGAUGACCUCACCAUUUACUGUGAUGACGGAAACCUUGUUAAUGGUGAUGGAUGUGAUAGCAAUUGUGCUGUAGAAACAGGCCAUACUUGCAUUUCAACCAACCUUGCUGCAAGCGUUUGAGAGCCUAUAUGUGGAGACGGACUCAGGUUCGACUCUGAAGCUUGAGAUGACAACAAUCUUGUAGAUGGGGAUGGAUGCAGUUCCAACUGAACAAUUGAAGACAAGUCUAUGUGUGUAGACCAGACUUCCACAGGUCCAAGCGUGUGAAGGAUGUGAGAAAUUGAGCAUUGCAAAGAAUGAGAUCCAUCUGACUAUGACAAAUGACAGACAUGUGAAGAUCCCUACGAGCUUAAAAAUCCCACUACUUGAUACUCAUACGCAAUCUUUGAAGUUUCAGAAAGCGCUCAGCAAAUAUCAUCUGGAUCACAAGCAGUUUCAGGAGUCAGUGCUGGUGCAACAAUAGGAGUGUCUCUGCUUAACUUGUCAUCUCUAGCAGCCAUCUGGUCCAUUGUAAAUCAAUUGCAAUUAUUUUUACUAUUGUUGCUGACCAAGACUCCAUUUCCUGGUGAUGUCAAAGCUUUGAUUCUUGGAAAUGAACUAAUGCAGUUUAACUUGGAUGUAUUGCCAGUCAGAGCCUUGCCGAAGAUGCCUGAAGUCAUGGACUGGCUCAAGAUCGAUCAAGAUAAUGCCUAUCUUGAAACAAUCGGAGUCGAAUCAAGCACAAGUCUGCUCAACAACUUCGGGUUUGCAUUGUGUAUGUUCUUGAUGCUGGCUCUGUAUCCUUUAGUGAUGAUAUUGAAGCUCUGAGUAGACUAUAGAAAUGAAAAGAAAUGCAGUCUAAACUACCUGAUUAUAUUGGUGAUUGACUUGUUCAACUUCACAAUCUACAUCAGGCUCAUACUCGGAGGGUUUCAGCUGCUGCUCAUUUGUUGUAUAUCAGAAGUGAUCAAAUUUGAGCUAGCAAGUAUCCCCAACAUCAUAUCGAUGGUGUUUUCAGUGUUAAUCUUAGCUGUCUGAGUUGGAACUAUUGCUCUUUCUUUUUAUAUCUUCUACUCGAAGAGAGACUUUCAUGAUCCUGACAAGUAUUACAAAUUCAAUGAGUUCAUCACUGGUCUCAAGAAUACCAGAUAUGCAAGGAUCUACCCUUUCUUGGGCUUAAUGAGGAGAACCAUAUUAGUGAUCUGGCUACUCACAUUCACAUGGCUCGAGUGUGUGUAUUUAACAGCUGGCAUGAUGACCGUUCAGAUAUUGUUCGUUCUGAGCUUAGUCAUCCUCAGACCCUUCGAUCGACCAGAGAACAAUAUGAUCGAAAUCGUCAACGAAAUAAUCUACACCAGUCUGCUGUCGAUAAUGAUUGUAUGUGAUAAAGUAGACGAGUGGUCAAGUACAGUCACGAGCAUAUUCUGCUACAUAAUCCUUGCAAACUCAUUGGUCAUCACCUUCAUAAUGAUCGGCGCUUUGCUAAUUUCAUGAUGCCAAAAAUGAGCCAAGAAGAAAUCUAGCACAAGUAUGAGCCGAGUGCAGCCAAUCCAAGAGGUUCCACGUAGGUCAUCAUUUGAAUUAUCCUAGAACAAAGAACUAAAAAUACUCACCAAAUUGACUCUGAUCUUACAGAAAUUAAAAUGGUCCCUUCUCGCGGCAGUAACAAACUCUCCAUGACCUAUA